AUGCAAUUAAACUGGGCUGCGAGUUGGUUGGAUACAGUUUUUCAUUAAUGAGUUUAUUCUCGCGAGGCGAAGUAUGAAUGUCUCCGACUGAUGUAGUACUUUCGGCGAAUCGAUGGAAAAUCGAAUUUCCCCGUUAUAAUGGCCUUUGUGACUCGAUUUACCGGAACAGUUGGCGAACAAACGAAAGGCUCGGAUUUGAAUCCCGAUUCAGCAAUCCUAUCCGCUAAUUCUUUUUCUCCCCGUAGGGUUUUUCAGAAAAUAGGAUUUACCACCAUGCAUCCGGUGCAUUUCGUAUUUCGUUUUCGCGUUAGUUGAAACUUGGAAACUCUCAGCGAAACGAAGAUGGAUCAAAUUUAUUCAGACGAUCAUGCGACAUUUUGUGAUAGAAAAAUGUACAAAAUGUACAAAAUAG